UUGUAGGAUUAUGAUCCAGCGUGCAGGUCAUAACCAUCAAGUCUUUCAUUACCUGAUGGUGAUGACCACAUCUUGGUCGUAUUUGAUGGUAAUCAAUGAGUGCAGCUAUCUCAGGCCACCAGUUACCCCUCCUAACUGGGAAGGUGCGUCUGCCUCGCGUCGUUUAGCCUGAUCCUGCGUCUUCGUAUCCCAGCCAUGAGUCAACGGCUGUGAAGAAGAUAAACUGUUUAAGACUGCAUACAAAUUAAGCUCUCCUUGGCACCCUGGCUUCAUUGCAUCCUUCCUCUUUGACAGCAUCCGUUUGUGUACUGCAUUUCAGCCAACAUGGCCGGACAAUCGACACCAACACAGACGAGCGCAUCAGUUCCAUCACCCAUAGUAACAACUACGCGUCUGAUAAUCCGUCCUAUGCAUCUUGAAGAUGCCCCAAACACAAGUCUCCAUGCAAAUGACCCGCUGAUCGCUCAAUACAUGAGGAACACCUUUCCCAACCCAUAUACACGUUCCAGUGCCGAGCAAUGGAUCAACAUGAACCUCGUACUUCCAUAUCAACAUCAUUUCGUUAUCUGUGAGCGGUCAUCUCCAGAUGUCGCUAUUGGGGGUAUCGGUUUGAAACUAGGCAUGGAUGUGUACGCGCAUACUGCGGAAGUUGGUUUCUGGAUUGGAAAGUCAUUUUGGGGAAAGGGGUAUAUGACAGAAGCGCUGGAAGCCUUCACAACAUGGUCGUUUGAGAGCUACGAGAACAAUGGACAGCGAUUGACGAAGCUUUACGCCGGCGUAUUUUCUGGUAACGUGGGGAGCAUGCGAUGCUUUGAAAAGAAUGGAUAUGCGCUCGAAGGUGUACUGAAGGGUCAUAUUGUGAAAAAUGGUGAGGUCAAGGAUGAGCACAUGUUUGGGAUGACAAAGUCCAAUUGGGAGAGAAGGAUGAAUGAGAGCACUAAGACUUGAGAAGUUGUGAUCUGCGGCACAAGGAGCGAACCAGAAAAAUCUAUUAGACUGUUUGUUUGGACGUUCAAGGCCCCGGCUGAGCGAUAUACGCCUGAAGCUGCAUAAGUAGUAUCUCAACUGGUACGUUGUGUCUUGCUGCCUUGAUUACGACAGAUCUCUCGCCAGCGUAAUGACUGCCUUCUAUCAAUUCUUGCGCCUUGUUUUCUCCAAGCAAAUCCGUCAAGCUGUAGACUGCAACCUUCUUCCCUCGCCAGACGGUGGUAUGAAAUUCAAGCUCUGGAUACCGCACACGAGGUUUUAGA